UUUACUUGUUUCUUCAUUCUAGCGGAAAACAUUGCAAGAACCAAAAAAAGACCCGAGUCGCCGCUCAAAAGAUUACCCCUGCGAUUGCGGCUCGUGCCUCUGUCGUUCAACAGCAGUGGAUGAUGACCACACCAAGAAACUCACCAACCAACCCCCACACAUCCCCCCGUUUAACGUCAAGACCCCCCAACUUGGGCGGUGUUCCCAUAGAAGCCUUGUCUGGUCCAGAAGCAGAGGAGGAGACCGCGGGGGUGAUGGUGGUGCAGGGUGGGGGUGGUUCUAUCCACAGGUCUGGGUCAAGGCCUCAGCUUGACCUGAGUGGCGCAGCCAUUCAGGAGAAUUUUGAAGGAAGAAACCCGACCAUAUUGUUGCCCAACCAGUCUGAUGAUAUCUCCCACCUUGCUUUGGACAUUGGAGGGUCUUUGAUAAAGUUGGUGUACUUCUCAAGACACGAGGACAUCCAAACUGAUGACAAGAGGAGGAGACGUCUUAAACACAGAGCACUGGUUCCUAUUGGACACAAGAGAAGUUAUCCCAUUCUUGGAGGUCGGCUUCAUUUUGUGAAGUUUGAGACAGGCAACCUGAAUGAUUGCUUGGACUUCAUUAACUCCAAGCAGCUUCACCAUGGUGGCAUAGACUCACCAUCAUGUAAGAAUGAAAGUUUGUUUGAAGAGGCUACGAUUAAGGCUACAGGUGGUGGUGCAUAUAAAUUUGCAGAUGUCUUCAAAGAGAGACUUGGUGUUACACUUGAGAAGGAAGAUGAAAUGGAUUGUCUUGUCGCUGGAGCAAAUUUUCUUCUUAAGUCUGUCCGCCAUGAAGCUUUCACCCACAUGGAGGGCCAGAAGGAAUUUGUGCAAAUUGAUCAGAAUGACUUGUUCCCCUAUCUUCUUGUAAAUGUUGGAUCUGGUGUUAGCAUGAUCAAGGUUGAUGGAGAUGGGAAGUUUCAGCGUGUCAGUGGAACAAGUCUUGGAGGUGGUACUUUUUGGGGACUGGGGAGGCUUUUAACGAAGUGCAAGAGUUUUGAUGAAAUACUGGAGCUAAGCCAGAAGGGUGACAAUAGUGCAGUAGAUAUGCUUGUUGGAGAUAUAUAUGGAGGAAUGGAUUACUCCAAGAUUGGUCUUUCUGCAUCAACAAUAGCUUCUAGCUUUGGGAGGGCAAUUUCUGAAAAUAAAGAGCUCUCCGACUAUAGACCUGAGGACAUUUCUCUUUCUUUAUUGCGUAUGAUUUCGUAUAACAUUGGCCAGAUUUCACACUUAUUUGCACUGCGCUAUGGGAUCAAGCGAAUCUUCUUUGGCGGUUUCUUUAUACGAGGCCAUGCUUACACUAUGGACACAAUUUCUUUUGCAGUUCAUUUCUGGUCAAAAGGUGAGGCCCAAGCAAUGUUUUUACGCCAUGAAGGAUUUUUGGGUGCUUUGGGUGCAUUUCUAAGCUACGAUAAGCAUGGUCUUGAUGAUUUGAUGGCACAUCAAUUUGUGGAAAGGUUUCCAACAGGUACUCCUUAUGUUGGAGUAAAGACACAUGUUCCACCUCUUGUAGAUCUAAAUGAAAAGAUAUCUUGGUUAGAGAAGUUCGUGCAGAAGGGUACUGAAAUUACUGCCCCUGUUCCAAUGACUCCACCUGGUACCACAGGACUCGGUGGCUUUGAGAGACCAUAUUCCAGGGGUGAUACUUUGCGGUCUGAUUCAAGUGCUGCUCUUAAUGUUGGUGUACUACAUCUUGUUCCAUCACUGGAGGUGUUUCCCCUUUUGGCAGAUCCAAAGAAGUAUGAACCGAACACUGUUGACCUUUCUGAGCAUAAUGAACUUGCAUAUUGGUUGAAUGUCUUGUCAGAGCAUUUACCUGACCUUGUUGAUAAGGCAAUUGCCAGUGAAGGUGGGACUGACGAUGCAAAAAGAAGAGGUGAUGCAUUCUCCAGUGCAUUUUCUGCACACUUGGCCAGGUUACGGGAAGAACCAGUUGCAUAUGGAAAAUUGGGCCUUGCAAACCUAUUGGAAUUGAGAGAAGAGUGUCUGAGAGAGUUCCAGUUCUCAGAUGCAUAUAGAAGCAUCAAACUGAGAGAGAACGAGGCAUCUCUGGCUGUUUUACCUGAUCUUCUAGUGGAACUUGAUUCUAUGGAUGAGGAGGCAAGGUUGCUUGCACUUAUUGAAGGGGUUCUUGCAGCCAAUAUAUUUGACUGGGGAGCACGUGCUUGUGUUGACCUCUAUCAUAAAGGAACAAUUAUUGAGAUAUACAGAAUGAGUCGCAAUAAGAUGCAGCGUCCUUGGAGGGUUGAUGAUUUUGAUUUGUUCAAAAAAAGAAUGUUAGGGUCUGCAGAGAAAAAACCCCAACCACACAAAAGAGCUCUGCUCUUUGUUGACAAUUCAGGUGCUGAUAUAGUUUUAGGGAUGCUUCCGUUGGCACGAGAAUUGCUACGGCGUGGAACUGAGGUUGUUCUAGUUGCAAAUUCUUCGCCAGCUCUAAAUGAUGUUACUGCAAUUGAAAUACCUGAAAUUGUGGCUGAAGCUGCCAAGCAUUGUGAUAUCCUUCGCAAAGCUGCAGAAUCUGGGGGGCUUCUAGUAGAUGCAAUGACAAAAGCUGAUGACACAUCUGGGAAAAGUUUAUCAUCUCUACCUUCUCUCAUGGUUGUUGAAAAUGGUUGUGGAAGUCCGUGCAUUGACUUGAGACAAGUUAGCUCAGAACUUGCCUCUGUUGCAAAAGAUGCAGACUUGAUCAUCUUGGAAGGUAUGGGGCGUGCACUGCAUACCAACUUCAAUGCACGUUUCAAAUGUGAUGCUCUAAAACUUGCGAUGUUGAAGAACCAGAGGCUGGCUGAGCGUCUUGUAAAAGGAAAUAUAUAUGACUGCAUAUGCCGAUACGAGCCUGCUUGUUGAGAAGAGUUUCAGCAAAGCCUGGCAAGGGUUCAUCUGUUAUUGUUAGUACUGUUACUCACAAGUUGAGUGCAUCUUGCCAAUUCAAUUCAAUAAAACUGGUUCCAACAAUCCAGAUGAAGUCAUAGAAGAAGUACUUGUUUCCGAACCAGCAGAUAAACAAAAUAUUUUACUGCCUAGCAGCUCAUUCUAUGGACAAUGUACAUAGCCGUUAUGCUGGCAGUUUCAGAAACAUUUUUGAAAUAUGAAUUUAUUGGACA